AUGGGCGUGUCACACGUGAGUUUCUUCCGAGCGGCGUGCGAAAGGGUCGUUUCUGGGGUGAUAGAACUGGAGCCUCCAGAGCUCACGGAGCUCGUCAGUCUUCACGGCAACCUCGGCAUUCGGGCGCCUAAGCUCUUCAAUUUCGUAGCGGAGGUCUUGGACUUACGAUUCGCGUAUUUCACGGAAGAUCAGAUCGGUGAUAUUGCACGCGCUUUUGUAGCGUUGAGAUUCCGGUGCGACGAAUUCAUUGAGGUGUUGAAGCGGGAAUUGCCGUACAGAUUGCACGAGUACGCGUGGUGGAAUCUCAUUGACAUCGCCGAAAUGUAUUUGGUCUUUCAAGUCGAAGACCGAGAGAUGGUCGAGCGAUUUGGGAGCGAGACGUUCAAACUCAUACUGAGCAUGAAUUAUGGCUAUGCUGCCAAGGCGCUGAGAGUGCUGGCUUUUCUGGAGACCGGCGAUAAGCGGACAUUUCGCCUUCUAAUUCGCAACGUGCCGCGUUGCAUUGACAAGAUGGAUGCCCUGGCCGCUGGAGAGACGGUCAUGGCGCUGGCAGCGAUCAGCGUCGAGCCUGACAGCUGCUACCACCGCACAUGGGGCUCCACGCUGUACCAGAUGCUCUCUCUGCGGCUGGUCCAGUGCAUCGGGGCGCUGUCCACCAAGAAGACCUGCGACGUCUUCGCCGCUCUGGCGCGCGUGGGCCAGCCGGAGGCAGAGCUGGCCCAGGGCGUUCAGCGCCUCGUGGCCGAGCGGCCGUACAAGUUCCACGCGGAGCACCUCGUGUCGCUGCUGCGGGACUUCGCCACGCUACGGCACAUCUGCCCCGCCAUGGGCGCGGUGCUGCUGUCGCGCGAGGGUGAGUUGGCGGAGUGCACCCCCAGCGCCCUUUGCGCCGUGCCCGCGGCGCUGGCGGCGCACCGGGCCCCUGGCGAGCGUGGCCUGGUCGCCGACGCCUGGAGCUCUGGCGAGCGCGCCUUUCUGGUGCAGGUGUCUGCGCUGCUCUGCAAGGCAGGGGCCUACAAGAUGCCGUCCGACCCGCGCGCGUUCCGCUCGAAGGACGACCUAUGGUGGAAGCAGCUGAGGCAGCGGCAUUUCCGCCUGAGGCGGCGCGCGAGGGAGGCUGGAACCGCCGUGGCGCCCGCCGCGGGGGCGGCGGACGCUGUCGGCGGCCCCAGGACGCGGGCGGAGCCGACGACGCCGUCGCAGACGCCGCCAUAUUCCACGUCACCCGUGACGAGUGCCUGCAGCUGGUGGCGGGCGCGGCUCGCUUGCGCUGGCGGGACGAGCAGCUGCUGCAGGGCGCAACGGCCUGGCUGUGCGAAGGGCGCCGCCACGCAGAGCUGA